AUGUAUGGCGUGAUUUUGAAAUGUCUCGCAGAGACCACAUUGGGCGCUGAAAGCGUCCGCGUGCCGGCGAAGGAGGGUCCCCCGGGCCAGCCGACCAAGUCGAACCCGAGCAAGCGGCACCGGGAGCGGUUGAACGCCGAACUGGACACGCUGGCCAGCCUGCUUCCCUUCGACCAGAAUGUGCUGUCCAAGCUCGACAAGCUCUCCAUCCUCAGGCUCAGCGUGUCCUACCUGCGCACCAAGAGCUACUUCCAGGCGUCCCUGCACCGCGGCCUGGAGCGGCACGACGGCCACCCGCACAAGAGCAGGGAGCUUCUGUACAUCGAGUCCCUCAUCGAGGGAGACCUCAUCCUGCAGGCGCUGAACGGCUUUCUGCUCAUCCUGACCUGUGACGGAGAAGUCUUCUACGCUUCGCACACGGUCGAAACCUACCUGGGCUUUCAUCAGUCAGACAUCUGCCACCAAAGCGUGUACGAGCUCGUCCACUCCGAGGACCGGGAAGAGCUGCAGCGGUUCCUGCUCUGGAACUCCCAGCUGCCUUCGGACAGGAGCGCCAUCGCGCUACAAGAGGCCCUGCUGCCCGAAAAUGCGCAGUACUUGGAACGGAACUUCACGGUGCGGUUCCGCUGCCUGUUGGACAACACGUCGGGGUUCUUGCGGUUGGACAUCCAGGGUAAGGUCCGAGUGCUGCACGGUCAGAACCACAAGACGGAAGAACCUCCGCUGGCGCUGUUCGCCGUGUGCACUCCCUUCGGCCCGCCGUCGCUGCUUGAGAUGCCCCAGAAGGAGUCCAUGUUCAAGAGCAAGCACAAACUGGACCUCGCCAUGGUGUCCAUGGACCAGAGGGGCAAGCAGUUGCUGGGCUACGCAGACUCCGAUUUCAUGAGCCAGGGUGGCUACGACCUGGUACAUUUCGACGACCUGGCCUACGUAGCAAGCGCCCAUCAAGAGUUGCUGAAGACAGGCGCCUCAGGCCUAAUCGCCUACAGGCUGUCCACAAAAGACGGCAAAUGGCAGUGGCUGCAGACCAGCGCCCGUCUGGUCUACAAGAACUCCAAGCCAGAUUUCAUCCUCUGCACCCACAGGCCACUCAUGGAGGAGGAAGGACGGGACCUUUUGGGCAAGCGUACGAUGGACUUCAAGGUGACCUAUCUAGACGCCGGCUUGACGACGUCAAGCAGCUGCUCGUCAACGAGUAGCGAGAGGAACGGCGGCAGCGGCAGCCUCCUAUCCGAAAACGACUUCAUCCUGCGCUGCCAGCGAAACCGCCGCUACAAGUCGCAGAUCCGGGACCUGCUCAGCCGAGGCAAGCGCGGCAAGACGUCUCCCGCGGGAGAGGCCCCCACGCCGCCGCCUCCGGCCUACCUGGAGGACUACGGCAACGUGUACGCGACGACGCCGUAUGCGGCGGCCGACAACGGCCUGCCCGGCUACGGCGUGCCGCAGAACCUCUUCCUGGACAACUCAAGGUUUCUGGCACCCGAGAACUUCCUCCACUACCGGCACCUGAGCGGCUAUUACACCCCCGAGUAUCCGCAAUACGGAAACGGCUUCCUGGACCCGACAGCCAGGUAUCCGUACCAGGAGCAGAAAGACGACAAGCUGUACCCGUGCCAGCUGGACAAGUACAACGGCGUCCAGGCGCCCAAGACGUGCUGCGACCCGUACGGCAACGCGUUGCUCCCCGAGCGCCAGCUGGGCUUCGGCCUGUCGGACUGCCUGCUGCGGCCGGCUGCCAAGGCGGCCCCCAAGGAAGACGUGGCGGCCACGCGCCAGAGCGUGCUCAUGUGGGGCGCCCCGGCCGCCGGCGCUUCUUCGGCGGACCCCGGCUGCAAGUGGAGCACGCUGGCCGCGGCCUCGGCGCCCAAGACCUCGUCGCCGCACAACAGCUCCAGUCCCGUGGGCGCCAGGGUGGCGCCGACGCCCUACGCACCCGCGCCCGCCUACACGCACGAGAUGGUGCCGGAGGGUUGGCAAAUGGAAGCCAUGGCUCCUUGGAGACCCCAUCUGCCGGCCCUCAGCUAGGAAGGAGCAUUUCAACUCGUCGGUGAGCUUAGGACUCCACAAAGCACGAUGGAUGCCAUCGAAGUCAACGAAAAUGGACCUUUGUGAAACAGUCGAAGGGCACCGCCUCCUGUCGGACAAAAUGUGCAACGCAGCAACGCCCCAAACGACGGACUACUCUCGAGCCAGCUUCCAAGGGCUCCGUCGCUUCGCAACAGCGGACUCGCAUCUUCGUGUGUGUGUGUGCCUGUGUUGACAGUGAAGUGUGCAACUGUGUGUGCAUGUGUCUGUAGUGUGUGCAGUUCGUGGAAGCAAGUGGACCACUCUGCUUCAGGCAUGUGAUGGACAAAACGUGGCAUCUUAGGAAAAACUGCACCGCUCCAUUCCUCAAACGUCUCACUAAACCCAGGUUUAGACCACGAAACCCCGGAAACAAAUGCCUUGCCCUUUCAUCCCCGACUCUUUCCGCUACAAAUAGACAAAAUACCUGCUUUAGAAAGAUACAUUGGUUUACCGAGCCUCCCAAGAGGUGAAGCUUAAUAACAUUGUUGAGUAAUCAUUGGAUGUCAAGCAACCGUACGGUAUUUCUCCGAGGGCAGAAAAGGCAGGUGUAAUUUCAUUCGAGAUUCUGUGGUUUGAACAUUUCCUUUGAAGAGGAGUUUCUGCAGAUUCCAGAUCCCCUAGUCAUUCCAACUGCAAAACUGGAGUGCUCAGAUUUCCAAUGAGAAAGUGUUCGAAGCAUGCUAGAGCCCUUUUGUUACUUUACGUUUUGUUUUAUGCUACAUUAGCAACACGUUCGCCCCAAGGCACAUCGUUUCGGUGCACUUCAGACCCAAGGAAGUCAAGUUUUCAUUACAUUCAACAGAUUGGUGACCAAGCUGCCGAGAAAAAUGUGGGUAAGAUUAGUUUCAACUCUGCACUCAACAAUCGAGGCAAUGUGAUUUCCACAACUGAGGAAGGAUCUCGUACUGUCUAUGAAAAAGGAAUGAGUUUGAUGUUCACACAAUGAUUUGAAAGGAAAGAUGUCCACAAGUUUAAAACAAUGCCCCAAAUAUAGGCAAAAAUCUUAUCCUUAAUAAAUGACAGGGUGCAGAAUGUGAUUUGUAACUACUGAAACAUUCUAUGGAGUAUUUAUUCUGUGUAAAUACCAAUCCAUCACAACAUUCGUGGCGAUGUGAUUGUUGCCCACUGAAAUGGAAAAUGUUGAGGGGACGAGACUCUUGCCUGUGCAACCAAAGGAGUGUUUUGCUUUGCUUGUGUCAAAAAAACAUUAAAUCAAGAAUGCAAUUUUUCUGAAAGCAAUGGUAUAAAUGAAAUAAAUUUCUCUCAACAUGCGCC